AUGAAUGGAACCAACGGAGCUACCAAGAAGAAGGUAGCCGUUGUUGGCAGUGGUGUGGCUGGUUUGGCGGCAUCUUGGCAUGUUGCUGUUAAUAACCAAGAUGGGCAUCAAGUGCAGCUUUUUGAGGCGGAAGAUCGCUUGGGUGGUCAUGCCUACACCAUCAACGUUGCCGGAGUGGAUGUGGAUAUUGGAUUCAUGGUGUUUAACAACGAUAACUACCCCAACAUGGUCCGUUGGUUUGAAGCUUUGGAGGUGCAGCAAGAAGAGAGUGAUAUGAGCUUGAGCGUCAGUUUGGACCACGGAAAGACGGUGGAGUGGUCCUCGGAUGGAGUGAAUGGACUCUUGGCGAAGCGAUCUCAAGCUGUCAGUCCAGAGUUCUAUUCCUUUGUCAAAGACAUGAUCAGGUUCAAUGAAGAAGCUCGCAAAUUGUUGCAGCUACCCACGGACGAUCCUCGCCGUGGUGUUACCAUUGGUCAAUAUCUCCGAGAUCACAACUACACAGAAGCUUUCUGCUCCUAUUAUUUGUUUCCAAUGGUUGCAGCUAUCUGGUCCUCGAGCAUUGAAGAUGUACUGAAAUUUCCAGCUGAACCUUUGAUUAGUUUCUUCUGCAAUCACAAAAUGCUGCAAACUUUUGACAGACCACAGUGGAACACAGUAUCCGGGCGAUCAAAAUCUUACACUCUCAAGUUGAAGGAGUUGCUAGGAGACAAAGCCAAGGUAUCGACGCCCAUUCUUUCUGCCAAGAAGCAAUCUGACGGAAAGUUUGAGCUUUUCACUACUGGAGAUGCCUCUGUGGGAAUCUUCGAUGAAGUUAUCUUUGCCUGCCAUCCACCCACAGCUGCCAAGAUUCUUGAAGGCAACCAAGAUGAUACCGUUGUAACGGGGCAGCUUGUCGAUUCCCUGUCGAAGAUUGAAUACGCCGACAAUGCCGUGUACAUCCAUUCUGAUCCCAAACUCAUGCCGAAGCGUCGCAGGGCGUGGGCUUCUUGGAAUUGCAUCGGAGACUCGGAUCUUCUCUCUGUGCACAAAAUGAAGGCACCCAAGGAAGCAGAAGCUAUGGAAGGAGGUGGAUCUGGGUUUGGCAACAAGAUGGAAAAGCCAACUCAGAAUGGAUUUAGCAAUGGUCAUCAUCAAAACGGUCACAGCAAUGGACACAGCAAUGGACACCAUACGAAUGGGCAUACUGCGAAUGGACACCAUGCAAAUGGGCACAGUCAACCCCAACUGGAAGGCAAGGAUGGGCGAAUGAAGGCUGUUUAUGUCACCUACUGGUUGAAUCGACUUCAGAACUUGGAGACCGAUAAAGAAAUCUUUGUAUCCUUGAAUCCCCAUGAAAAGCCAGAUCCCGCCCUUACAUACAGGAAAGAGAUUCUGGCUCACCCACAAUUCAACGCCGAAACUAUGGUAGCACGGCAAACUAUCAACGAAAAGUACCAGGGAAGAAAUGGACUGUGGUUCUGUGGUGCUUGGGCAGGUCAUGGGUUUCAUGAGGAUGGAUGCAGAUCUGGUUUUGACGUUGCGACGAGGUUGACAAAGACACCACUGCCGUGGUGUACAAGCAACGAAGACAAGGCUGUCAUGGUGAUCCCGGAGCCCGACCUUUCUAAGGCUACGAAGAUGUCGGGCAUCACAGCUGCCGUCUCCAGGGCCUACCAAACUCUUACGAAGACUCAAUUUGAAGCUCAACGAUGGCUCCAUCGAAUCGUUCGGGGAUGGGUCAGCAUGCCGUUUCGAAAAGCAUCCCAUCACCGUCAGAGUUUUCGACCCAUGGUUCUUCGUGAAGGUUGCUUAGAAUAUGAUCUGGGGUUGGCCCGUUCCUACAUGGCAGGGCACUUUGUUGUCGAGCCGCCCUCGGAUCCAGAAAUGUACGAUCCAGCGAUUUACACCAAGGGCGACCGCAACGAAACAACACGGGCCAUCGGAGACCCUCUUGGAUUGCUCCGGUUCUUUCUUCUGGUUAUCGCGAACAGAGACAGCGCAGGAGCAACACAUAUCCCGAGAAAGUCGCUCAAGGGACAAAGCUAUGCAGAUGCCAUCUCCAACGCCUCGGGACUGAUCAUUUCCCGUGUUGGCUCACUUUUCAACUACCUUCGCUACAAGAUCGUGAUGGAUAACUCAGAGCGUGGUGGCAGCCUGAAGAACAUCCAUGCGCAUUACGAUCUCUCAAACGAUCUGUUCACAACCUUUCUUGACAAAGAGACUCUGAUGUACUCCAGCGCAAUCUACGAUGCCGUCAAGGCCCCUGCGGGACGACCUGGCUUGGUGUUCAGAGACAGCCUUGAGCAGGCGCAAUGGAGGAAACUUGACACGCUCCUAGCUCGAGCUCAAAUCGAACGAGGCCAAACAGUCCUCGACAUUGGUUUCGGCUGGGGAGGUUUGUCUAUCCAUGCCGCGAAAAAGUACGGUUGUAAUGUCACCGGGAUCACUCUCUCUGUCGAACAAAAGGCUCUGGCGGAGGAGCGCGUGAAGAAAGAAGGUCUUGGUCACCUCAUUUCAUUCGAAGUCGUCGACUACCGCGUGUUCGCUAGGAGAAAGGAGAACCAGGGGCGAUUCGAUCGAAUCCUCUGCUGCGAAAUGAUCGAAGCCGUGGGUCACGAUCACCUUCCCGAAUACUUCUGGGCAGUCGAGCAACUUCUGAACCGCGACGGAAUCCUCGUAAUGGAGGCAAUUACUACUCCCGAAGAACGAUAUGAAACCUACCGGCAUUCUACAGACUUCAUCAACACGAUAAUCUUCCCUGGAGGCUGCUGUCCAUCGUUGCAUGCUCUUGUCGACGCUGCCUACAAGUCUUCGGCUCUUACUCUUGAACAUAUUGACAACAUUGGGCUGCACUAUGCAAAGACGCUCUCUGACUGGAGAAAGCGGUUCAACGCCCAGGAGAAAGUUGUUCGACGCUUAGGUUUUGACGACAUUUUCCUUCGCGUAUGGAACUACUACAUGGUCUAUUGCGAAGCCGGUUUCUUGACGCAGACAGAAAACUGCUUGAUUCUAGUCUUUGCUCGUUCUGGUUGCACUGCCCUGGCUCCUCUGAGCGAAGCAAGAUCCGUGACCCAGGACGUUCCGUUGACAGAUUCGGAGGUUGAGAAUUGGCUACAAGACGGAGUUUAG